AAUGCAGAACAUAAACACUGCGAAAAAACGGUAAAUGUGAAGAAAAUAUGAUCUUGUGGAAACGAAUGUAGUUAUGCAUAAAUUGUCUGCUUAAAAAUCAUUAACGAACUUGAAAGGCAUGGCAAAUCGGACUGCUCUGCAUCCGCGUAGACGAAAGCGACCUCAACCGCCUGUGUACAGUGGUAUAUCUGGAUCAUACGAAGACAAAGACAGUGAUUUUAUAUGUCCAAUAUGCUUUAACUUGAUAGAAGAAGCACACAUGACAAAAUGUGGCCACUCAUAUUGUCACAAGUGCAUCAAAGAAAGUCUUCAACAAAGCAACAGAUGUCCAAAGUGUACUUACGUUAUAGAGGGCAUUGACCAAGUCUUUCCAAAUUUCAUGUUAAAUGAAUUGGUAUUGAAAUAUCGAGGAAAACAAGAACAAAAGAAGAUCAAACUUGAGCAAAAGACCUCUCCUUCCACUGGCUCUGUGGAUUUGUGUGAUAUGUUGAUAGAAGAAAACAUUGACCUGUGUGAUGUUAACAAACUGUUGGAAGUACUUAACAUGAAGAAGCAAAAGCUUGAGGGGGAUGUGAAGUUUGCACAGAAAUAUGUACUUAAAGAGUUUCUUCAAGAAAUUCGAAAAAAGAAACAAGGGAAACUAGAACAGUUAAAACGAGAAAUAUCCCUAAUUGAUGAUGAUACUGAAAAAGUUGAUGGAAUGCUUUCAGAACACAGAAGAAAAUAUCCAUACAUUCCAGAUCAUUUGGUGCCAAAUGGAUUUGAACCAACAAUGAGUACUAGCUCUGAUCAAGGAAGCCAGGAUGGAUUCAAUGGCAGUAAAAAUGCUGGAAAACCCUGGUUACAAACAACAAUGGCAUCAAGAAGGAAAAGAGUCAGUCAGCACUUUGAAGAUCUGGAGCAGUGUUACUUCUCCAUAAGACAGAGAGAUGAGUAUAAUGGAGAGGAGGGAUUGGAUGAGUUCACAGAAUGUCUUUCAAAAUUCACCAAGUUUAACUCAUUUAGAUCACUAGCAACAUUAAGUUAUGCCAGUGAUAUAUACAGUGGUUCCAGUAUAGUAUCCAGUAUAGAAUUUGACAGGGAUUGCGAUUUCUUUGCUAUAGCAGGGGUAACCAAGAAAAUCAAGGUAUUUGAGUAUGGGACUGUGAUCAAAGAUGCUGUAGAUAUACAUUAUCCAGUUAAUGAGAUGAUCUGCAAUUCUAAAAUAAGCUGUGUAACGUGGAGCAGUUAUCACAAAAAUGUCCUGGCCAGUUCUGAUUAUGAAGGAACAAUCACACUAUGGGAUGCCUUUACGGGUCAAAAAUCCAAACUCUUUCAGGAACAUGAAAAGAGAUGUUGGAGUGUAGAUUUUAAUACAAUGGACCCUAAGCUUCUGGCAUCGGGUUCAGAUGAUGCUAAAGUUAAGCUUUGGUCCACAAAUGUAGAAAACUCAAUUGCCUGUUUGGAGGCUAAAGCUAAUGUGUGUUGUGUUAAGUUUAACCCUGAGAGCAGAUAUCACCUCGCCUUUGGUUCUGCUGAUCAUUUUGUUCAUUAUUAUGAUCUGAGGAAUACAAAAGAGGCUGUGAUGGUAUUUAAGGGUCACAGAAAAGCAGUGUCAUAUACAAAAUUCCUCAAUACCACAGAAAUUGUAUCAGCAUCAACAGACAGUCAGCUAAAACUUUGGAAUAUAAGUAAACCAAAUUGUUUGAGAACAUUUAAAGGACAUAUCAAUGAGAAAAACUUUGUUGGUUUAGCUACAGAUGGGGAUUAUAUAGCCUGUGGAAGUGAAAACAAUUCUUUGUAUGUAUACUACAAAGGGCUUUCAAAACAACUGAUGACAUUUAAGUUUGACACAGUCCGAAGUGUGCUGCAGGAGAAGGACAAGAAGGAAGAUGAAGUGAAUGAGUUUGUGAGUGCUGUGGCCUGGAGACCUGGAUCAAAUGUGAUAGUAGCAGCAAACAGCCAAGGAACAGUCAAGGUGCUAGAGUACAAACAGCUUAGUAAUGGGUCCUCCCUGAUCAAUAAACUGAAUCACAAACAGGUAAAAAAGGAUUCAGAGGGACAGAGGGGUGAUGUCCAGGUACAAACAGCUUUAAGUAAUGGGUCCCCCCUAAUCAAUAAACUGAAUCACAAACAUGCAGAGGCUGAAACUAUGGCAGGAUGGCACAGUCUCUCGGGUUAUCUCUAUUUCAGAACAGGGGGAGGAAUCAGUCUUUUGAAGACAAGGAAGCGUAUGUGGUGUGUUUUAGAGGAGCGACAGAGCCAGCUUGUGUACUACAAGAACGAGGAGGAUGUCCGUACCGGAAAGUCACCUCAGGGUAGCCUCAGUCUUAUAGGGGCUGCCAUCUCACUGGACCUCGACAACAACAACCAGUUCAUUAUACUAUCCAACAGCAAGGAGCACCUGUUUACAGCAGAAAACCAUGAGUCUAUGAUGAUAUGGCUGCUGGGUCUACAGGCCAGAAGAGAUCUAACAGGAGGCAAUGGAGCAGAUGGCUUAGAAGAAUGUUUCCCCAAAGUAAGACAUGGUUUAUGUGAUGGAUCAGACGGUAGUGGAACAUCAGCUAUAAACAAGACAGCAGCCUCAGUGUCUCGACACAAGCAAAACUGGCACAGCAAGGCUCGAGUUACCGAGUCUUUAGACUCAGGGGCAACUCAUUACAGAUCUAAAGCUGUGGAGUGUCCGUCUCUGGCAACUAAUCACACAACUAGAUCCAAUAUGAGUAAGAGUUUCGAGGGGCGACUUUCUAAAGAUUCAGGACUGGGUCUGUCAUGUCAGAGCUGGAAGUUCUCUACUCUGAGUUUGGACAACCAACACAAAACCCUUAGGGAGCUGUGCCGAGAAGAGUCGAUCAGUAGUGAUGACGAGGUCUUCAAAGAACUGACACAGGGGGAAGUCAAUGGCUUCCAUGAAUCUGUCAACCAAAGUAACAUUAUAAACUCAAGAGUGGAGGAAGAGGGCUCAAAAUCAGAAACAAGAGAGCAGAGAGAGUAUGUCAACGGAGAGCAAAGUGAGUCAAAGGAGGUGGGAAGCUGCAGCUCUCUGUCAUAUGUAUCAAGUGAUUCUGCCAUUGAUCGUGGAGAAGCUUCAUCAUCGGAACUCGCCAGUCGCCUGGUCGAUCUAGAAAAAGAACUCAUUUCAACAAAAUGUGAGCUGGCCCAGGUAAUGAACAGACAGGCUGGUUUGCAGGAACUUCUGGCUCAAAGGGACGAGGCAAUUAGAUUCUUAGAGGGCAGACUAGAUACAUCAAACAUAUUGGACAAAAGUCUGACAGGAAGAGCUAGCAAACCACCACCAUUGAAAUGUGAGAAGGAAUUACAAGAGAGACUAAGAAUUCUACAGAAUCAGAACAGGUUCCUAAAUGAAGAGGUGAAAAAGUUAGCCAAGCUCAGACAGACAGACAGAUCAACCUUCUAUCAGCAAGAGGAUAAAGUGCGGGCUCUUGAGGCUGAGAUAGAGAAAUGGCGUCUGGAUUAUGUUUCUCUGAUCCAGUCCAGUAUCCGGUUUUCCGGUUGUGAUACAAUAGAUGAUGCAGAAUUAGUUUUGUUUGGAGGAGACAGGCAUAAGAGAAAAAUUCAGAAGUUGUUAGAGGAAGCCAGAAGUGUUAAUCCAAGUCUUCCUACUUAUGAAAGUCUAGCCAAUGGAGAGGUUCAUGUGGACAGCUAUGGAUUUAAACAUGUGUUUGAGGAUUCUUGUAAUGGACUUCUCCUCCACUACCUGUGUCAGGAACUGACCUUACACUAUCUAAUGCAGGCUGGCUCAUACGAGGAACACCAGAAAAAAUGGACUCAGUUCAUGAGGCUGCAUGGAAAAUCUAUGGCUAGCCAUUUGAAGGACAUGAAGAGCCUAUGUCGUGGUGGUAUUCCUGACCGAUUUAGAACUCAGGUGUGGAGACAGCUGGUACACUGGCAGGUACGAGAGGUGAUGAGUGCCAAGGGACAGCAUUACUACAGGAACUUGUGUAAUAUGCUACCAGAUUCUCCGUUGGCUGCUCGCUACAGGAAGCAAAUAUCUCUUGACUUAAUGAGGACCAUGCCGAGUAACAUGAAAUUCUCUUCCCAAGGCUGUAAAGGGGUUAUGGACUUACAGGAUGUAUUGUUAGCUUACUGUGUUCAUAACCCAACCAUUGGCUAUUGUCAGGGCAUGAACUUCAUUGUAGGACUAGCCCUCAUUUUUAUGGAGGCUCAAGAUGCAUUUUGGACCCUGGUAGCAGUGACAGAGAAGUACUUUCCCUGCCAUUAUUUUGAUCAGAAUCUGAUAGGAGCUCAGUCAGACCAACAAGUCCUCAAGGAUCUCCUCGCGGAGAAACUUCCAAACUUAAGUCGUCAUCUCGAGUCCAUUGAUAUAGAAAUCUCCACUGUCACCCUCAACUGGUUUCUAGCCAUUUUCUUUGAUGCUGUUCCUUUUCAGACCCUCCUUCGAAUAUGGGACUGUUUCCUACUAGAGGGCCCCAAGGUUUUGUUUCGAUUUGCUCUGGCAAUCCUUAAACUGCAUGAGAAGGAAAUCCUACAGAAGACAGACACCAUAAGCAUAAUGAGGCAUCUUAAAGCUGCAGCCAAGCUCACGUUUGAUGCAGAUGGACUUAUCAAGGUUGCUUUUGAUGGUCUGAAACCUUUCCCAAGAAGGAAGGACAUCUCCACAAAACAAGCAUGCUACUUGAACACUCUCAAAGAGCAGAACAAGAGAAAGGAGUUACAGAGACUGGCCUAUGCUGAGAGAGAGCACAUGUACAUGAGUAUGGAAUCAGAGAGUGGGAACUAUCAGAACCUUGGUGCUGCUGUUGUCAUAGAGGAUGGGAAAGUGUGGCUAACUUAUGGGGAACAAAACUCUGCCAGGAUAUGCAAGGUCACUUGUGAGGAAGGGGUCAUGUAUGACCUUGGAAUGAAUUUUGAUUCACGUGUGAUGUGUAUGGAGAAUGCCCCGGGCAAUGUUGUGUUGAUUGGAACUCUCUCUUGGAUGUUGUAUGCUUAUGACUCAAAGACAAGGGAGAGGUUGUGGGAGUUACUUCUACAUGAUGCUGUUCUCUCCUUGUGCUGUUUUGAGGACGAUGACUCCAUGCUUGUGAGAACAUUUGCUGGCCUGGCUGACGGUACACUGGCAGUCACUGAGCAACAAGACAUAAGGAAAGUGUUCCCCAGUAAUGAUGUGCUCUAUAUACCCAUUGGUCAAGCUCCCAUUUCCUGUCUCCUGCUGAUAGAUGAUUUCUUAUGGUGUGCUAGUGGAAACAGUGUCAAUGUCAUUCAGGCCAGGACUCUGGAUCCUAUUGACAAUUUCCAUGUUUCCGUUAAUCCGUAUGACCACAUCCUCUCUAUGGUGCCGGGGGACUAUGGAAUCUGGAUCACUCUUAGAGGAUCCUCAAUCCUGGAACUGUGGGAUCCCAAAAACCUCAACUGCAAGUUACUGUAUGACACAAGGACAGACAGAUACCCACAGCUUAGAAAGGAAGAUGACACAUACUUCAACCGAGCAAGGAUUACAGCCAUUAUGGACCUUGGGUCGACAGUCUGGGUAGGAACAGGGGAAGGCAAUCUCAUCAUCUAUGAAAUUCUGGAGCAUCUGAAUUUGAAAACUCCAACUGAUGCUUCUCCUAUAACAGAAACAGGUCAGAAAGUGACAUCUUCUGGAAGCGUUACCCCCAUCUCUAAAACAAGGUCUGUCAUUAAGAGUAAGAGUUCGCCAGUUCUCUGUAGCAAGCAAAUCAGAAAGAGAUCACCUAAAGCAAGACUGCAUAAAGAGGAACAUCAGCCUGUGUUGCCAGUAAAAUCAGACUUAUUGAGCAAAAUUCUGAACAGUUCUGAAGCAGAAUCCUCAGGAAGCCUAACUCCUAAAAACUCCUCCCCUAGACAUCCACCACUGUGUGGCAAAAAACUCACAGACCAAAAAGUACUUAUGAAUGGACAGAAAGAAGUAGAGGUGAAUUGUGUGGACUUCCAAAUGGAGGAAAUGUUGAUUGGGAGAAUGGAGUCAGAGAGUGAUGGGAGCAGUAGUACUUAUCACUCAGACAGAGAAGAAUUGGGUGAACCUCUACAUGAUGUACAUCAGAGUAAGGUUCCCUGUACAUUGGACACUGUCCACAGGGACAAAAGAGAUGGUGUGGAUCUCUCACCAAAACAGACAAAGGCUGUCAGACCUACCAACCUCCUACCUACCACAAACACACAGUGGUCCACAAGAAAUAAAGAUAUCGCUAGUCAAGAGAAUCUGGAUUGUCUGUUUAAGCAACUGAUUGAUGUGAAAAGAAGGAGCUCUUUGGACACUGCUAUGAAGAACCUUGUGAAGAAGACAAAAUCUUGUGAAUGUUUAACUUUUGACAAUUCAAUUUGUAAUGGAUUGGACACCAAGUCAGUGGACUCAGAUCAGAAGGAAGACUGUGGCUUUCUCAUUGAUUGUUCGGUCAGUAAAACAGGUCAGAGUCCAGUCACAGGUGAGGAUUAUCAGAAAGAGGCUCUAAAAGAGACUAUUUCAUGUGACAACAAGGUCAUGUCUCGUCAUCAUAAGGUCAAUUCUUGGCUGAGUUCUAUAGAUGAUUCCCAAACAUGUGACUCUGACAAUGAAGAGAUGAAAGAGGGUGAGUUUCAUUCAAACAUUGAGAAGAAUCUUUGCACAGGGUCAGAGAGCAUCACUGGAGGCACUCCUGAUCAGUUAAAAACUUCUGAAGAGGCUUUAUGUAAUGGUGUAGACAGUGUAUUAGAGACACCAAAGAGUGAAAAUACUAGCAAUACAAGUACCAGCAUAAAUCAUUCUGAUGUGGACAAAGAGAGACGAAGCAGUCGUGUGUCUGAAAUAAUGUCCAAAGUGUUGAGGCAUAGGAAAUCUGAGGAUAGAACUCUUGACACAAGCAGUGAGAGUGACAGACCAACACAGAUGUCUAAAUCUAAUGCAGUGGAGGCCAAGUAUUACUUAGAAUUCACUGAAAUGCAGGUGUUGACUGAUGUUGAAGGUGAUUUAAGUCGACGGUCAAGUCGGGUCAGAAGGAGCAGCAGUGAACUAUCUAGUGACAUGGAAACCAGACUGAUUGCCCAGAUGUCCAAGCUGGAUAACUGGUCCCUCAACAACAGUAAAUCCAGUGUCUCCUCCAGCCCCAAGAUCCUGGAGUUAAUGCAGACUCCUAGUUUAGCUAGUAGACACCAGUCUGUGGGUCGAGUCUCCAGAGAGCUUGUCCCUGGAGACCUCGGUACAAGCAGUCCCCGCAGCUCCAUGGACCAGAGGGUCGCAGACUUUCUGAGGACCCCCAGUAUCAGUAGCAGACCCAGCUCUGUGUGGUCCAGUUAUGAAAACAUCUCCACCCCUUCAGUCAAAGAGCAGGACUUCAUUGGUCAACAAUUUGCCAACAUAAGCAGUUAUAUCACACACACUGACAGCUCUAAUUCGCUCAGCAGCUUGGCCGAGGCUCUCUGUGUGGUGGAACUCUCCAUGGAGGUCAAGGUCAAAAUUGCUGAUAAACCUGUCAGAGGAUUUUUGAAAACAAGAAACUGUGGUGAGCCAUCUAUCUUGAGUUUUACUGGUUGCUAUGGAGAUGAUGAAUCUGUCUUGAAGUGGAGAAGAGAACCAAAUGAGAAAUUCUGGACCAACGAACCAGUCUUAGAGAUCUGUCCAAAGACCAAGUUAACUCGGUUGCCUAGCUACAUGAGGGGACGGCUAUCCAGCAUCUCCUCCCAGGCCAGCACCAAGAGCUUCCACAGUGUGUCUUCACAACUCAAGUGAGACAGACCUACGAUUUUCGAGAUCUUGUUUGUACAAGGUGUUUUACCUCAACACUUUAGUAAUUGCCAUGUUAUCACUAUUUUGCCAUUACCUUGGAUUUUCAACAAAUGAUUUUCGAUUCACAUUUCGUUCAUUGAAUCACUGUUAAGAGAGGAAUGAAUUAUGUGCUUAAAUCAGUAUUUGCUUGAAAUCAAUGUUGAUAUAGAAAUCUAGCUUUUAUCAAAUCCAUGAAAUGUCUAUAGAUAAUGGUAAGCAAAUUUGAUUUCUGUCAAGUAGGGCAAUGUGCAAAAGCACAAGAAUGCAUUUUUAAGAUGAGCUGUUGUAUGACAUACAAUCUGUUUCACAGAAAGAUAUAAGGUGGUGUUGUGCUGUCACAGUGUAUCAUCCUGUGUUCAUUCAACAAACUGGUAUGCUGUCCUAAUUAUGCACUGUUAGUGAAAUUAAAUGAGUUACAUCUGAAUAUUGUUAAUGGGUAUUUACUCAUAGAAAAUUGUUAUAAGUAGGAUAACUUGUGCAAAGGCAGAACAGGGGAUUGUGUGUUAUUGUGACAACACAAUGAUGUAUUAUACUGUAAUAGUGUGGAACAGCAUGUCAUUACAUUUGAAGAAAAACACUGUGGCAUAUUUUGCAUAUGGCCAUAUCAAUACAGUCAAGAAAUUUUCAGUGCAAAAAAUUAUCCAUUUCACAUCUUUUACAUGUAGAAUCUUAUAUGGCAUAUCAUUUAUGACAAUAUAUUAUGACAAUUUUCAGAACUCUGAACUCAAAUUUAUCUCACACACAUGAGCAAUUAGAAUUAAUUCUUACAUAUUUUUAUACACAGUUCAAAUUUUCAAAAUAAUUAUAUUAAUUUCCAUAUGCACCUUUUUACACAUUCCAUGGAGUCAAAUUUGAAUCUUCUUUUAAGAGUGAUUUUUAGAACUGUAAAUUCAGAAGACUAUAUUUGUUACAUAGUAUAACAGGUGCCAUGUAUAAUAUAAGUAGGUAGGAUUUUUAUAAAUGUUUUGUUUUUAAAUUUUUGUGGUUUCUUCUGAAUUUACAGUAGUUGAAGGUGCAAGGUUUUUGACAAUUGAAUUUAUUAGGAUAUAUUAAUGGUAUUGCAAUAUACAUGAAAUUGUGUAUAUGCUAAUCUAACAUGAUAAAGUCUGAUAGGGUGUUUGCUUGAUAAGGGACUUGUACAUCAACAGGACCCUGGCUUAUGUUUUUUUUAAGCCAAUAAUAAUAUAUUUUUUUUGUUGACCAACUAUAGUUAUACUUAAAAUGUACAUGCAUGUUUCCCCAAAAUAGUGCAAUAAACAAGACAUUUUAGUGCAAUUUUUAUAUUUUAACCUAUUUACAGAUGUAACAUAGAUUAAAAGUGUGUUGGACUUCAAAAUCUUGACUUCAUGUUUCUUAGGAUACUGCAUUGUUAUAUCAGGUUUCAGAAUACUUGUUUUAUAUCAGAAAAGGUUUUUUUAACAAUGAAUGAAAAAGAGCUCUGUUUGCUGGUAUUUUGUUUUAUGUAUUGAACUAUAUCUUAUUUUUAUGUGCAUGAUAUGAUGAAUGGGUAAUACAGCUUUUAAUUGGGAAGAUUAUUAUAACAGAACCCAAAAUGUCUGCAAGUACACUUUUUUAAAAUGGUCUAUGUUCAUUGUGUAAAUAUAUUGAAAUUUUUGAGUUUUGUUUUUGAACACCGUGCUAAAUUUUGCCUUUGGUGUUCAUUGUUAGCUUCUAUCAUGUGAAUCUCUUGUACAGUGACUAGUGGCAUUAUUUUUAUUGCAAAUAUUGUAGUCAUGGUGAUGGCCUUGACCCAGUUUUGAAGUGUGUAGAAUGCAAACUAUCUGUAUCAAUGACAUUUUUCUUCUCUCUCAUAUGCUCAGUGACUCAGAAAAUGAAGAAACACACAUAAAAAUUCAAAAUAAUGCAGUGUCCAUUUGGCAUAUUUAUUUUUGGGAGUGAUAAAUGAUCAAAUGAGCUUUUUACACAAUUGUUGCAAAACAUUGUUGAUUUUAUAUAUUAAAGAUGUUGAUACCUAA